GCUAGAACUUCAUGCUGAACAAAUGCGUCACUGCAAUUAAUUUUACAAAUCGAUUAUGGAUGUGGAGUCAGUCGACCAACAUCGGGAGAAAGUUAUCGACCAGAACACAUCGAGCUUAACUUCGCAUGGUUCACAUCCUUGAAUUAUGGGAAUCUUAUAUUUCAAUAUCACGGCAGCUUGUAUCAUACGUAUAAUACUAGGAAAACUCUCGCCUCUGGCUUCAAUGUAAAUAGACGAUGGUCCUGGUCACAAUUGGAUCGUACACCUAAGCUUAUUCUCUGAAGUUGGUUUUCGUUUGUAAUAAAAGAAAAUCAGUUACAAGCACAUAGACAGUAAAGAGUAAAAUAUACGUGAUUAAGGUGCGCAACGGCACAGACAGUUGUGAAUUUAACUGAACGUUAAUGUUCCCAUAAAUUCGAUUGAGAUAGUUGCUUUGUGAUAACGCUAUUUUCGCGUACUAUGACUUACAUUUAGUAAUAAGAUCCAGGAAAAGUGUGCUUCACCUUUUAUGUCUAAAAAUGGCAGAAAAUAAUGCAGAAAAGCGUGUGCAAGAAACCGUACUUCGGCAAGAUGUAAUUAACACUGCUGUUAAUUUUCUUCAAAAUCCCACGGUCCAGCGAAGUUCUCUGAAACACAGACAAGCGUUCUUGAAAUCGAAAGGCCUUAGUGACGAAGAAAUACGUGUUGCGUGUGAAAGAGCGACUGCACUUUUGGCAGAAAAACAAAACUUCAGUCCUCCAGGAGUAUUAACAAAUAUACCCAAUGCAGCUGUGCCAAUUUAUACCCCCCAAGCCCAGUCAUCUUGGUCCAAAUUCAGAGAUUUUGCUAAUGCUAUAGUUCUCAUUGGUGGAGUCUCAUAUGGGAUUUAUUUGUUUUACAAGAAAUAUAUAGUUCCCUGGCUGGUAGGAGGGAAAGGCCAAAAACCUUCUCUUGAACAAUCUAUUUCUCAGUUGGAUCUUGCCAUUGCUGCUUCUAUUCAAGAGUUGCGUGAUAGUGUGAAUAAAGUUCAUGCAGAUUUGAAAACUUUACAUGAACGCCAGACACGCUCUCCUUCUGAUGGACCUGCCACUAUUAAACAAAUAGAAGAGUUGAAAAAUGAAAUUGCUUCUGUUAAGGGUCUUCUUUUAAAUAGGAGUCAAUUUGCUCCACCUGUUACAAAAUCACCAUUAACGCCUCCGUCCAUACCAGCAUGGCAACUGUCUGCUGCAGAAAGUGCAAAAGAGACUGAAGAAAGUCAAGGUGGCAAAGGAGAUGCAGAUAUCGAGGAUAUUUGCCUUAGUGGCUCAGGUUCUAGUGAGACUGAAAUGGUUACUAAUAAUGGAAGUGACAGUAGUUUGGAGAUGAUUAGAGAAUAGGUUGGGUUACAUGGAUUAUGGGUUUCAUGUGAGAACUUCAUGAAGCAGGUCACAAUUAAUGCUUCCUGAUCUCCAGUUGCACGGAACAUAUUCAUGGUCAUUGUGUUGCAUGUUUUUGUCUAGCUUUCACAUUAAAUGAACCUGCAAGAAACUGAAAUAACUGUUUGAGAUAAUGCAUCUGUGAAGUUCAAGAACUGUACAAUGAAUUUUAUUUCAGUGUGUCUCACUUGUAUCAAUUACUGAUGCAUUUUGCUGUUGCAAUAAUACAGAACUUGGGCAAUGAUUGCUUCAGAAUUCAUAUUUAAUAAUUUAGGGGACUGGAACACUAUUUUAUAAAUACAAUCUAUCAAUAUUGUAGUUACCAAUAUUAAUUUUUAGUAAAUAAUUACAAAAGACUGCUCGAAAAAUCAGUUGCAAAACUAAAUAAGAAAUCCUAUCACUUGCUUAAUUUUUUUUUUCAUGUAAUUUCUUUCUAAAGAGGUGAACCAAUGCAAUAAAUUACAUAAGGUUUUGCCUGACCUAACAAUCCUAUGGUAUUCCUCAAAACAUAUGAAAUCUUCAUGUUAGUGCAGUUCACGCUUUUGUAGGGUAAAGUUUGUGGGUUUUUCCCCCCUUUCCAACUCCCCUCAGCUUCAGUUAC